UGACAGGUGACAGGAUUACAUCAUUAAUCUGUCAUUGUCAUUAUACAUUAGAGUAAAUUUUUAAAAUUUAAAUAUGAUUUGAAGCAGACUUUGAAGUGAAAGAAAAUAGUAAAAUAGAUUUAAAAUGUCUCGGUUAUUUAAAUUAUACGGAGAAUUAUGUGCCACUCAUCCAUGGGAAGUAAUUGUUACCGUAUUAACUUUUACAGUAUGUUUUUUAACUAUGGACAAACAUCCUGCAAGUAAACCUUUUAUUAUACCACCUUCAAACUGCAAUGGUUGCAAAGACCACUUUAUAGCCGCUGAUGUAAUAGUGAUGACAAUAAUAAGAUGUCUUGCUAUACUUUACAGCUACCAUCAAUUCAGAAAUCUUCAAAGGUUAGGAUCGAAAUACAUUUUAGGAUUUGCAGGACUUUUUGUCGUAUUUUCCAGUUUUGUUUUUAUAUCAGCGGUACUAAAUAUACUACAGAUAGAAAUAGUAGACUUAAAAGAUGCUUUAUUUUUUUUCUUAUUACUGAUUGAUUUAUCUAAAGCUGCCAAACUUGCACAAUAUGCUUUAAGUUCAACCAAUCAACAUGAAGUCAGCAAAAAUAUCGCUAGAGGAGUAGCUGUGCUGGGACCUACAAUAACUUUAGAUACAAUAGUAGAGACAUUGGUAAUAGGAGUUGGUACAUUAUCAGGUGUUCAACGUUUAGAAAUGCUGUCUUAUUUUGCAUGUCUCUCUGUUAUUGUAAAUUAUAUCAUUCUAUUAACUUUUUAUCCAGCUUGCCUCUCCUUGAUGUUAGAUAUAAGUAAAAUUACUGAUUUUUACAAAGAAGAACAAGGAGUGCUCAAUAAUGUUAUAGUAGAUGAAAAAGAUAAAUCAAACCCUGCAGUGCAACGUGUUAAAUUGAUUAUGUCUAUUGGAUUGACUCUAGUGCAUAUCCACAGUCGGUGGUCGAUGCCUUCAGAAGAAUUAAAAGACAUGGGGAACAAGACAAUUUCUCAAUGCACAGAAAACACAACAUCUAUAUACAGUUAUCUAUUGAAACAGUUUGUUUUGAGUGCAGAUCACAUUGUUAUUUUAAUAUUAUUAAUAACAUUGAUAAUUAAAUUUGUAUAUUUUGAAAGUAAGGAUGAUUUUGAAGAAAAUGUUACUACACAAGUGUAUGAGCAUAGAAAGAGUAUUCAAAGACAACAGAGGACUUUUUCUGCUAGUGUAGAAAUACAGACUGAAAAUUUUAUUGAUAAAGAUUCAGUUGAGGAAAAUAUUAGUAAAAAUUAUCCAGUUAUUAGUGAUACCAAAAGGACUUUACAAGAGUGCUUGCAAAUCUUGCGAGCUGAUAAGGCCUAUGAACUCUCAGAUAAAGAAAUUAUUAUGUUAGUAGAUACAAAACAUAUCCCGUCAUACACAUUAGAAAAAGCUAUAAAGAACCCAGAAAGAGGAGUGAAAAUUAGGAGGGAUAUAAUUCGAAAUGUUUUGGAAGAUAAGGACAGUCUGAAAAGCUUGCCAUAUCAAAAUUAUGACUACAACAAAGUCUUAGGAGCUUGCUGUGAAAAUGUUUUAGGUUAUGUUCCUGUACCUGUAGGAGUUGCAGGGCCCCUACUUAUAGACAAUAAUCUCUUUUAUAUUCCUAUGGCUACUACUGAGGGAUGCUUGGUUGCAAGUACAAAUAGAGGAUGCAGAGCAAUCGAAAGAAGCGGAAUAAACAGUAGAUUAAUAGCAGACGGUAUGACAAGAGGACCUGUAAUUCGGUUUACUUCUAUUAUAAAUGCUUCAGAAGCUCUUUUGUGGACCAAGAAAGACGAAAAUUUUGCCACAUUGAAACGUUCCUUCGAUUCAACUAGCAGAUUUGCUAGACUUAAUAAGAUCUCAACACAUAUUGCUGGUCGAUAUGUUUUUAUUAGAUUUGUAGCUGAAACGGGUGAUGCUAUGGGCAUGAAUAUGAUCUCAAAGGGUACUGAAAACGCUCUAAAAAUAAUGAAAGAACAUUUCCCUGACAUGGAGAUAUUGAGUCUAAGUGGAAAUAUCUGUACAGAUAAAAAACCAGCUGCCAUCAAUUGGAUUGAAGGUAGAGGGAAAGCGGUUGUUUGUGAAUGUAUUCUGUCUGCAAAUGUAGUUUCGACGGUGCUAAAAACAACUACAGCUGCUAUGGUGGAUUUGAAUAUUUCCAAGAAUUUAAUAGGAUCAGCGGUUGCGGGCAGUAUAGGUGGGUUUAACGCUCACGCUGCAAACAUAGUCACUGCCAUUUUCAUAGCUACAGGUCAAGAUGCCGCUCAAAAUGUAUCAAGCAGUAAUUGCCUAACAAUCAUGGAGCCCUGGGGAGAAACGGGGGAAGACUUAUACAUAUCCUGCACCAUGCCUUCUAUAGAAAUCGGCACUAUCGGAGGAGGCACUGUGCUUUCACCGCAAGCGGCUUGUUUAAAAAUGCUCGGAGUACAAGGACCAAACUCGGAUACUCCCGGUGAAAAUGCUAAACAACUAGCGAGAAUCGUUUGUGGCGCUGUGCUAGCUGGAGAGUUGUCGUUAAUGGCGGCACUAGCUAGUGGUCAAUUGGUUAAAAGCCAUUUGAAGUAUAAUAGGUCGUAUUCGAGCAAAGACAGUUCGAGUUUUGAUUUAGCUGAAAAUAUUUGCGGUUCAAAAACAAAGUAGAUGUGAUAUAUAUUGUAUAUUUUAAUAAAUUAUUUUAUUUUUAUUUUAC